AUGUGGAGGCGGGCAUGGCUGAAGAGACGCUCGUUACACGCUCGCCAUCUGUCGUCUAAACCGAUCUUCCACAUCGAUAAGGCUACAUUUUACCGGCGUUACCCUUCCCUAAGUGAUGCUCCCGGAUCAAACCCACCAUUACUGGAGGACUUGAGCUUCACACUCCCGAGUAGUGGCAGCUCCAAUAAUGCACAAAGAUGGUCCGUCAUCUCUCCAUCGUCGGUAGCACGCACAACCUUCCUACAAAUCCUGGCUGGUCAACAUAUCUGCAUCCCAGCGCAUGCGCGAAGCUACCCGUACCUAUCUGAGAUUGGCAAAUCACCGCAACAUGCAGUCAGGUACGUCGGCUUUGACGCCGACCGUGGGAGCAGUGUCGGCGGAACGCACGUUCGAGGCGCCUACCUGAGCGCUAGAUAUGAGAGUCGACGGGAGGAAACGGACUUUACUGUUCUCGACUAUUUGACAGGACAUACCGAGCUUAAUGCUCUUGAACGCGACGACUCUGACGUUGACCGAACGAUGCUGGACGAAGUCACGAUUCAAUUGAACCUUCGUCAACUGCUUGCGAUGCCUGUGGCGAAUCUCAGUAACGGGCAGACCCGGAGAGCACGCAUUGCUAAAGCGCUUAUGGCGAGGCCGGAAGUGCUCUUGCUUGAUGGGCCGUUCAUGGGCCUGGACCCAAACACGUUACGCACCUUGUCGGAGGUCUUGCGGGAGCUGGCUGAACGUCAGCAGCCAAGACUUCUUGUAAGCCUGAGACCUGAAGACGGUGUGCCGGCGUGGGUGAGCCACCUGGUUACUAUUGACGAAGAUUCUCGAGUAGUAGGCCGGGGUUCAAAUGACGCUUUGUUUAGCAUCACGGGGACGGAUGAACAGAGUACCCGAACCUCUCGCAUAUUUACUCCAGCAAAGCAUACGCAUGGUGCAAAUUCGCAUCUGCAAGUAAGCCGGGAUGGCUUUAAGCGUGACUCGUCCCCAUUGCCGCCCGGAGAAGCGGUAGUCGACAUGCGAGGCGUCAAAGUCGCUUACGGUGACAAGACUGUCCUAGGCGGUUGGACGCAGUCAACCGCAGACGAGGAAAGGCCAGGCUUGUGGUGGAGUCUUCACCGUGGUCAGCGAUGCGGCAUUUUCGGCCCAAAUGGCAGCGGCAAGACGACAAUGCUCAGUCUCAUCACUUCGGACCAUCCACAGACCUACAGCCUACCCAUCAAGCUCUUCGGGCGCUCAAGACUGCCCAAGCAGGGCGAGCCAGGGAUCAGCGUCUUUGACAUCCAGCGGCGGAUGGGUCACUCGAGUCCGGAAGUACAUGCUUUCUUCCCGAAACAGCUUACCGUCAAGCGAGCCUUGGAGUCGGCAUGGGCAGACGCUCCGCUGUCGAAGCCGACUCUAGACGCUGCGGCGAAGCAGAAGGUCGUUGCGUGCCUGCGGUGGUUUGCCAGAGAACUGAACCCUUCAACAGAGCCUACCGCCCUCGAAAGCCUGGAGGGUGCGACUGACGAGGUGGCUGCGCGCGCCAUUGAUAAACACCUGAAGACGACCGAUGCCGACUUAGCUUGGGCAGAGGACAUCCGAUUCCGGGAGCUAAGCUUCUCCAGUCAGCGGCUCGUCCUCUUCCUUCGCGCCAUAGUCGCGAGCCCCGACCUUGUGAUUCUGGACGAAGCACUUAGUGGCGUUGACGAAGCUGUACGAGACAAGGCGUUGCUGUUCCUCUCGCACGGUCAGAAGAUCAGCAAAGUAGUCAACAACGUUGCAAGCCCCAGUAUGUUGUCUCGAAUCGGAGCGGUCACGUUCGAAGGCUUGUUGCCGGAGCAGGCUUUGCUGGUUAUCAGUCAUGCGAAGGAGGAUGUGCCGGGCUGUAUCCGCGAGUGGAUAUGCUUGCCUGAGCCCGGUGAGGGGAAGGCACCGAGGACAGGACGUUUACCUGGACCAUUGGAGCUCAAUGCUGGUGCUUGGGAUGAGAUAUGGGGCAGAUAG